UUGAAACAUCAACUUUGGACUAUUAUAUAUAUAUACACGUUAAAACAUCAACUAUAUAUGUAGACUGUUAAUGAUAGCCUCCCCAUUCGAUUAUCAAGACUCAACUUCAGCAAGCAAACAAUCAUGGAUAAUAUCAAGCUGAAACAACUCGUCUAUUUCUACUCUCUCUACCCUCCAGUUGCUUUGGGUGUGAUUUCUCUAGUUGUCUGCUAUGUCAUACUUGCCCUGUACCUAGUCUGCUGUCGUCAUGUCCACAAGAGCUCUAAAUACGUACCAGGAAUCAUCACCUGUCUAAUUAAGAUAACCUUCCGAGGAAGUUUCACAAAGCACAAUAAAGAAGAAAGGAGUGAACUUAGAUUGUUUGGCUACCAAGUACCAGCUGGGCUAAUAAACUCGUUGGGACUAAUUUCAAUGAUUGUAUGGGUGGGAGUAGCAGCAGCAUUCUGGAUCGUGUUGAUUGGAAAAAAUCACAGCAUUUUGUAUCCUGAAAACUGCAAUAACGAAUCUUCUACAACUAUAUUGGAUUGCGAGCCCAUCCAAUACAAUCAUUUAUCUCUGGACUACGUGAGAGCUCUCGGAGCCGCUGGGGGUCUGCUAGUGCUAACCACCGUCAUACUGCAAGGUCAAACUAUCGUACUAAUGUGGAUGAUGAAAAAAAGUCAAACUAAGAAUCGCCAAAUUCGACGUUGCUGGAAACUUGCUCUAGUAAUGGUAGUGUUUGUGCCUCUAGGGAUCGAGGUGUUACUGUUUUCAGGCGCUUCUACUGGCAUGAUUUUCUUUGAACUGUACAAUAGUAUACAGCAUUGGAUACAGUUUGGAUCUUUCGUGAUCGCUGUAUUUCAGUCAACCUAUUUCUCAAGUAUCACCAUCUAUUUCACAUGGAAAAGGAGAACAGCUCUUCCCAGGGUCAGCGAUAUCGAGCAGGGGAUGGAGUUGCUAUCGGUAAUGAAACAAAACGGAGGUACAAUGGCUGUUAGCAAUGGUGAUGGUGGGUUUGGGAAUAGUGAUGAUUUGGCUAAUCCCUUAAUGGGCUGAAAUAGUAAAUCCAUGGCAUAAUUAUUAUAAUAUGCAACACUAUAAAUAUUCAUCAUUAAUUUUUGUGAACUACGUACAUAAUUAUACUGAA